UGAUGCUGGAUGUGUUUUCUGUUCCCUGAGGCCACUCAGUGUUUUCAACCAGACUCAACUCAACUUACUACUCAUACUGGACUCGCCAUGGCCGCCUGACCAGGGCUCAAAUACACCCUCUAUUCCGUUAUAAUAUCUCCUAAACAUUUACACUAACUUUUCCUAAACAAACUUUCAUCUUUUGUGUAGUUUUUAUGUCAAGAAAUAAGGAUGCAACCCCCACCGAGAAAGGUCCGGGUCACCCAGGAGCUGAAACACACUCAUGCAGAGCAGCUGAGCAGAUUAAACAUCAAACACCAGACAGAGUGUGACCUCCUGGAAGACCUCAGGACUUUUAGCCAGAAGAGGGCCGCAGUAGAGAGGGAUUACGCCCAGGCCCUCCAGAAGUUGGCGAAUCAGUAUCUAAAGAGGGAAUGGCCGGACAGUCUGACAGAAGAACAAGCAGACCACAGGAACAUGUAUUGUGUAUGGAGGGCCUAUCUGGAGGGCACAGUCCAGGUCACCCAGUCCAGAAUCAGCGCCUGUGAUAACUACAAAGUCCAGGUCGCCGAUCCAGCCAAGACGGGCCGGCUGCAGAAGGAGCAGCAGCUGAGGAAGUGUAUUGAGCAGCUGACGGUGGUUCAAGCUGAGCUGCAGGAGUCGGUGAAGGAGCUCACCAAGAGCAGGAAGAAGUACCAGGAGGCUGAGACGAUGGCGCAGGCUGUCCGAGAUAAGGCAGAGCUGGACGCCAAGUCCAAGCUGAGUCUCUUUCAGUCCAGAUCCAGUCUCCAGAGGGCGAGCGUAAAGCUGAAAAACAAGAAGAGCGAGUGCAACUCCAAAGCCACGCAUGCCAGAAACGACUACCUUCUCAUGCUAGCAGCCGCUAACGCUCACCAACAGCGCUACUAUGACACAGACCUCGUGGACUGCAUCAAGGUCUUAGAUGGCAGAAUCUACGAGCAGGUGAAAGAUUACCUCGUCUCGCUCUGUCAGACUGAGCUGGAAAGCUACCAGGCGGUCCACAACACCUUCAACCAGCUCUUAAACAGCUCAAAUGGGGUUCUGCAGGAGUUUCACCAGCAGCUGUUUGUGCAGAAGAACCUCAUGUUUCAGCAAGCCCCGGACUUCCUGUACCAGCCCAUCGACUCAGAUACGGUGUUGCAGCUGCAGAAGGAGAGUGGAACGUCGGAGGAGCACAGUCUGGAUAAAGAGGCGAGGAAAUGGGCGAGCCGCGUGGCCCGAGAAUACAAGAGCAUCAUCCACACUCAGCGGGCUCUGGAGGGAUAUGGGACGCAGGAGUCAUCAGAGCAGAACAACAGUGAGCUGGAGACCAAGAUGGAAGUCGCCAGGCAGAGUCUACGGAGGGCAGAGACGGUGAAGGUGAAAGCAGAGGCCCGUCUGGACUUGCUGAGGCAGGCGGGUGUUGCUGUUGAAACGUGGCUGAAGAGCGCCAUGAACCAGGUGAUGGAGGAGCUGGAGAACGAUCGCUGGAACAACCUCAGUACCAAUGAUCCUUCGCUCUCUGGAACAACAGAUCUGGAGCGAGAGGAUGAAGAGGAGAUGGAGGACAGCGGUGAAGUGUUAGACGACAGCAGCUCCAGCCCCUCCAGCACCUUGAAAAACUAUCCCCUCACCUGCAAAGUACUCUACUCCUACAAGGCGUCUCAGCCAGAUGAACUGACCAUUGAGGAUCAGGAAAUCUUGGAGGUCAUUGACGAUGGAGACAUGGAGGACUGGGUCAAGGCCAGAAACCGCAGCGGGCAGGUCGGCUACGUCCCAGAGAAAUACCUGCAGCUCCCUUCCUCCAACAGCCUGCUGAGUAUGCUGCAAGCUCUGGCCGCGCUGGACGCCCGAUCCCAUUCCUCCAGCAACUCCACCGAACCUGAAAUGGAACUACCAACCGGCUCCGUCAACGGAGACUCCAGUGUGUCAUUUGCGAAGGCCCUGUACGACUACGCGGGACAAACGGAAGACGAGCUGUCAUUCCCAGAAGGCGCCAUCAUCCGCAUCCUGAGCAGAGAGACCCACGAGGACGACGGUUUCUGGGAGGGGGAGUUCAACGGCGUCGUCGGCGUCUUCCCCGCAGUUCUGGUGGAGGAUCUCGCCGGCGCCAGUGAGAACGGAGACGGACAAAGAGAUGGCAGUGCACAGGCGUCCCCCUCCCCGUUGGCCCAGUGCGACCGAUCCCCUCGUAGCCCCUUCCAGCCGGGGCCUCUCCACAGCAGCCCCCUCCAGACGCCCACCGUGUCCUCUCCGCUGUCGAGUCCCUGCAGCGCCACAGCUUCUCCCAUUGGCCGACCACCCUCCUAUCACAACGGACAUCACAGGCCGCCACCAGCGCCACACAAAAGCCCCUUUCAGAGUCCAGUCCAAGGAUCUCCUCAACCUCCCAAAUACCCAGAGAGCAGCUCCGGCACCAUUCGACCUGUCCGUGCUGCUCCUCCGCCCCCUAAGCAGCAUCCUCGCGGGCAGGUGAAGCGGAGGGAGGAGGUGGAGAUCACGCUGGUGUGACGGCGGUCGGCACCCUGGCGGCGACGACGGCGGCUCUGUUCAAACCAGCCGGGACUUCACGGCUCUGUUGCCUCUAAACGCACUCCCAAAGGAAAACCCGAGGAAACUUAAACCCCCUGAAGACGCCUGGAGGCCCGGAGAGGCCUUUAACUCUCAACACCUCAUGAGGGUCAGUGUGCUGUGGAGGAAUAUUGUGCCUUUCUCUUAACUAUACUCCUUUACCCACACUCCCUUACCCAGCGUUUGUCCAUAUCGUCCACCUCUUCUACAUGGACGCGAAUCAUUUUACAGUCCUGACAAAAUAUAUUGAUAACUGACAGAAUAUCUGCUGUUAAUAUCUUCAAAUAUCACCCUGGUAUUGGUGUUCAAAUCCUGUUUCUGUUCUUUGCUCAUAGUAAUUGAUAUAGUGAUAACUGGCAGAUGUUUUGUAAGAACUUCAUAGAAAACAUGACACCACAUUAUUCGCUCGUGUGGGCGAAGUAAAUCUACACAAAUCUUUAGUUCAUCUUUGGGGACGCACAGAUUUUGCGCCGUUUUACCGAUGAUUUAUUUAUGGAUCUACAAAAAUGCACCAGUUUCCAAGAGAAAACAUGUUAAAGUGAGAAUAUUGAGAGCAUUUUCCUGUCGUGCAGGAGUGUCCACUACAGUAGUUGAUCAACUAGCUCGGCGAAUAAUCGCUACGCUGUCAAUCUUGUAGCACGAGGACGCACAGAUCUUUGAUCACACCUGUCUUUUUCUGCAAGAUAAUUACAAGGCGAUGAUUGAAAAGUGGCACUUACUGGAGAGUGAUAUCAAUCUUCUCAUCAAAACCCUCGGCAAGAAAAUGAAUAAGCAUAUUCAUUAAUAAUGAGGAUUUAAACUAUAUCACCCUGCCCAGUUAUGUCUCACUAUAUCACUUACUGUGUGGCUCUUUCUCUCUUAUUUUCACAAGCUGUCCAGAGUUUUCACAAUUGGAUUUACUUCUAUGCAACAACUUCAUCAGGACAUCACAGCAUGUUGUGAAGCUUCAACACAAAACCAAAAGUCUGGUUGUCUCCACACGGCUCGAUCAAAAAAAAAAAAAAAAACGCCAGCAUGGACGAGGCUGGUCCUCUCCUCGAACACACGUAACCCAA